AUGCCAAGAGCUUCCAAUCCUUCGGACAUAAUCACACCUACCAACGUGAUCCCGGGGAUUAUCCGGCCAACUACCGAGGGCGAACGCGCCUUCAGCCCGUACUCGCUGCUGCUGCAGGCCCGGAUCAUUUACCUGGGCACUUCGGUAGACGACGAAAUAUCGAACGCGAUCGUCUCGCAGUUGCUGUACCUGAGUUGGGAGAAUCCGGACGAGGACAUCAGCCUGUAUAUCAACUCGCCGGGCGGUUCCGUGCUGGACGGCAUCCCGGGCGGAUAUAUCGCGUCGGGGUUGGCGAUCCUGGACACGAUGCAACUGAUCAACUCGCCGGUGUCGACCAUAUGCGUGGGUACGGCGGCGAGCAUGGCGACGGUGCUGCUGGCGAAUGGAGCCAAGGAUAAGCGUUACUGCCUGGCCAACUCGACCGUGCACAUGCAUCAGCCCAACGUGGGCUCGUUCCAAGGCCAGGCUGCGGACAUAGAGAUCCAGGCCCGGGAGAUCGUUCGCCUGAAGGAAAGGCUCACCAAGAUCCUAUCCGGAGCCACGGGACAGACCGUGGAAAGGAUUGCCGACGACUCCGAUCGGGACUUCUUCCUGACGGCCGAAGAAGCGGUGGAGUACGGGCUGGUCGACGAAAUACUGGGGACGAAGAAAGAAGAAGAGGAAACCGCGGAGGCCGCGUAA